AUGGCCAGUUCGCAGAAUAGGACCACUUUUUAUUUACCUUGGAAUGAAUGUUUGUCUAUUGCGGCUGUCCUAAUCGGCACUUAUACAUCAUACAAAUAUUAUAAGCUAUGCAAAACACAGGAUAUUCCGCAGCCAAAAGGCGGUGUAGAGGAACUAAUAGGAAAUACGCCUCUGGUAAAGAUUAAAUCUCUUACAAAGGCUAUCGGGGUUAACGUUUAUGCUAAAUUAGAAUUAUGUAACCCAGCAGGAAGUGCCAAAGAUAGAGUGGCGUUGAACAUUAUUAAAACAGCUGAGGAACGCGGCGAGCUUGUCAGAGGCGAGCCUGGUUGGGUGUUUGAAGGGACAAGCGGAUCAACCGGUAUUUCUAUAGCUGUAGUUUGUAAUGCAUUAGGAUAUAGGACACACAUUUCUUUGCCCGAUGACACAUCGUUAGAAAAAUUAGCAUUAUUAGAAAGUCUUGGCGCUACUGUUAAUAAAGUUAAGCCCGCUAGUAUUGUCGAUCCAAAUCAAUACGUAAAUGCAGCUAAAAAGGCGUGCGAUGAUUUAAAUAAGGAAGGUAAUGGAGUAAGGGCGGUUUUUGCCGAUCAAUUUGAAAACGAAGCCAACUGGAAGGUACAUUAUCAGACGACAGGUCCGGAAAUCGCUCAUCAAACUAACGGAAAUAUCGAUGCGUUCAUUGCUGGCUGCGGCACUGGUGGCACCAUUAGCGGAGUUGCCAAGUUUUUAAAGGAGAAAGCAAAAGUUCCCUGCCAUGUCGUUCUUGCAGAUCCACAAGGUUCAGGCUUUUAUAAUAGGGUAAACUAUGGCGUGAUGUACGAUUAUGUUGAAAAGGAAGGUACAAGAAGGAGGCAUCAAGUGGAUACGAUUGUAGAAGGUAUCGGUUUGAAUAGGAUUACUCAGAAUUUUCACAUGGGAGAAGAGUUUAUUGAUGAAUCAAUACGUGUCAAUGAUAAUCAAGCUAUUAGGAUGGCAAAAUACUUGUCAGUAAACGACGGACUUUUUGUGGGGAGCAGUACAGCUAUAAAUGCAGUAGCUGCUGUUAAGGUCGCGAAAAGGCUUUCUCCCGGCGCAAACAUUGUGAUUAUUGCAUGUGAUAGCGGAUCAAGACAUUUGAGUAAAUUCUGGAAAGAAGCCAAGGAAAUAAACCAUGACAUAUCAUUAGAGGAGAUAAUGAACAUCUGA